UUGAUCGCGCCCGUCGCCACCCUGAAGUUCAUUGUUAUUAUCUUAGCCGCCGGUAUGGUGGCCUUCAUCGGAGCGGUAAUCUGUAUCAUCGCCGCCGUCCACACCGGAUCCUCCAGGGCUGCCGCAGCACAACAGCGACCAGCAAACGACAAUCACUCGCUGUAUCCGGACUCCGGGGCUCAGAGCCCCGCUGCUGCGGGUUCUAUGGCCCGGCCCGGAUCUUUGGGCGCUCUCCAUGGUUCUGAAACGCCUGAUUCGGAAGCACCGACCUUCAACAUCGGGCUCAGCGGUCCGGACGGGGUCACUGGACUCACAGGUCACGACCCAACGGUCAGUCGACUCAUCUGCACGCCGAUCCCCGCCGGGGAGUGCAACCCGAAAAACUUUCAGCAACAAGCUGAAGAUCCGUCGCUGUACGCGGGGGAAGACUGGGGCUACCUGCGCACCACCGCGGAGGAGCUCCGGCAGACCGUUCUGCAGCAAAAGGACCAGAUAUUAACGGACCAGCGGACCAUCAGGGAUCUGACGGGGAAACUAUCCGACUGCGAGAAGGGGCUGGACGGCAGAAGUAGCGGCGCUGACAGACGCGGGAGCGCUGCGGGGCUGUGGGGGGGCAAAGGCACUGCGGAGGAGAAGCACCUGGAGCGGAUCAUGGUGCGGGACAGCCCGGGUUCUACAACCGACGGCGUUCACUUGCUCACGAUCAGGGCUGUGGAUGAACUGGAGCAGGCUAUCACUCAGCUCAAAGACCGCAUAGAGAAACUAGAGUCAGACAUCGGCCCAUUUCCUCACAACCAGACAGACAGCAGCACCUCAGGAGCACCAGAGGGAGGCAGCGUGUCGGGCGGCCCAGAAAGGUCGGCCGAUCCCGGGCACAGAGCAGGUGCUGACAGGCCCCUGAGGAUGGAAGACUUGGAGGGGGAGCUGGAGAGGAAGGUGGAACUGCUGGAGAAAGAGAGAAAGACCCUGAGGCUGGAAACUGAGAAGCACAGACAGGAAAUCGACCAGGGCAUCAAUAAUCUACACCACCGAAUCUCAGGGCUGGAGGGAGGUGUCUCAGGGCAUUCCUUUCCGGAGGGCUACAGGCUGUCCUUCCCAACUCGGACAAACUACAUGUACGCUGCUGUGAAACACGCCAUCCCGGCGCUAAGGGCCUUCACCGUGUGCCUGUGGCUGCGGCCCGCGGCGGGAGGGAUCGGGACGCCUCUGUCCUACGCUGUUCCCGAGCAACCCAACGAGCUGGUGCUGCUGCAAGGCCUGCACACCCCCACUGAGCUGCUCGUCAAUGACAAGGUGGCGCAGCUGCCUCUAAACCUCUCCAGAGGCAGCUGGCAGCACAUCUGCAUGAGCUGGAGCCAUAAGGAAGGAGCCUGGCAGGCCUACCAGGGGGGAAAGCUGAGGGGCGAGGGCCACGGGCUGGCAGCCGGACAUCACGUCAGACCUGGAGGAAUGCUCAUACUGGGGCAGGAGCAGGAUUCCCUGGGCGGAGGGUUUGACUCAUCCCAGGCUCUGGUUGGAGAGUUGUCCCAGGUUGGUCUUUGGGACCGGGUCCUGUCUGCCAACCAGGUUGCCAGCUUGGCCCGCUGUGGCAAAGUAACCCAGGGCAAUGUGGCCCCCUGGACCGAGAACGGAGUUGAGGUUUACGGUGGAGCAACCAAGGACCCGGGAGAGCCUUGUAGUAAACACAACAGGAGUUCUCAAUGACUGAUGAGGGAUGGGGAAGUGACAGAAAGAAGGGUGGGGUAAAGUUGAUUCUGCCCAUUAUUAGCACUGCUACAUGAUUAUUUUAAACAUCUCUAUGUGGCAUGGACUGAUAAGUUUGUAAAGAAUGGAAAUGAAUGGUAUAUAUCUAUAUGACGUGAGUACCAGAGGGUUCGCAGUUACUUUACCACUCUACUAGUAAUCAAUGCCAUCAUGGAAGCCCACUGGAAAAUUGUGCAAUACAACAUGAGAUUCCUCAUAAAUGUAACUGAUUAGAUUUGUCUCCAGAUUCAGGCCACACUAAACUAUUUUAUCAUUGGUCCACGCUAACGAAAGCAACUAAUGUAAAUGUUAUUGAUGUGAAUACUAGCAAACAAUUGAACCUUCUGCUGGCUAUUCAUUUGUGAGCAAACAAGCAACGACACAGUGAUGUUCAGCUGACCAAAAGUAAAAUAAUUAGCUAGCUAACAAACUGUUGUUUACCUUUAAGGAAUUGUUAAACAUUUUGGGAAAUAUGCUUAUUCGCUUUCUUUCUCAUGUCUGAACAGUAAAUCAGUAGCAAUCUAAUUUAGCUUAGCAUAAAGACAAAAAAGAGGGGGAAAAUGUUAUCCUGGCUCUGUCCAAAUGUUACGAGACCUACCUACCAGCGUCUCUAAAGCUCACUAUUAUAUCUAGUUUGUUUAAACCGCACAAUUAAUAUUAAAAUUAGUCUUUUGAGACUUUGUUUUUUGA